AUUGCUCGCAUCUAUCUUCCGGGCUCUUAUUGUGUUUCAGGACCAAAUGAUUGGCCUUAGAUGAAUGUUGGUCCACCUCCCAAAGGGUCUGCUCAAAAUUAUAAUCAUACUAUAUAUAUAAACCAUUCGGCAACAAGAUGCCGAACUAGCUUCAAUGGAUCAGUUCCGACUUCCUCCUCUGCUUUCCGACAAACAGAGGACUGUCUUUCUUGAUCUGGACAAUACCAUAGUGUAUGGGUGCCAGCACAGGUGUCUGUGCCAUCAAUAUCAGUUCUCAAAAAAGUAUGAUUUCAAGUUUAAGAUUACGAACAUUGAAGGGCAGACUAAGAAAUAUUACGUUUGUAAGCGCCCAGGAGUGGAUGAAUUCUUGGAAGAGAUCAGCAAAAAGUACGAAGUGGUGGUUUUCACGUCGGACAGCAUGGAAUAUGCGACGCGGGUGCUGGACGCUCUGGAUCCCAAGGGGGCUGAUAUCGCACCGGCUUUACAUGGAUUCGUGCAGGAAAGUGGACCACGGACACGUCAAGGACUCGUCGACGACAGGGAGGGACUUGAGCAAGGGUGUCACUGGUUUGGCGACACGAGGGAUGCGGUGCGGCAGUAUUUCAGUGGGAGAAGCCGCGAAGGUUUUCUCAGGGUGUUAACAGUACAUUGGUGGGCAGCGGCAGCGGUGAGGCAGUACCCUGGCUGGGGAAGGUUAGGAGGGUUCGGGGGUUACCAGCAUGUUGGUGGGCAGUGGAGACGGUAGUAGGGGUAAGGAUGCUUCGCUUGAAGUAUACAAGGUGAUACAUCUUAUACUUGGUGAUGGUGGAACAAUAAUCUACCAUUUGUUUCCAUAAUUAUUUGUUUGUUCAAACAGAGAAAAUUGGCUAUGAUUUGCUCUAUUCUCACUUCAAAAUAAGUCAUAAAACACUUC